UCUUGAUUGAGGCGGUCUGUGGACAGUAGGCAUCGACCACGUUUUUUUUAUGCUCGCCUAUGUAUGUUGAGCUUGUAGUGGAGUGUGCAGUACAUUUUACAGAUCUACUGUUGUGUUACAUUCCAUCUGCUUGGACGUGUUUAAAAGCCAUGGCUGAACCGAUACGUGCGCUGUGCGAUGAGCUCAAAAAGGCUGUGAAUGUGAUGAUGGAGGCAGAAUCAAGCCAAACGUACCGUCUGGAGGCCCUAAAGUUUAUUGAAGAGUUCAAAGAGAAAAGUCCCCUCUGUGUUGAAUGUGGUCUUCAGUUAGCGGAGAUAUCACAGACUGCAGUGGUCAGACACUUUGGGCUGCAGAUACUGGAGCAUGUAGUCAAGUUUAAAUGGAAUGACAUGGCACCGCAAGAAAAGCUACAGCUGAAAAACAGCACUAUGGGCCUCUUGUCAGAUGGUACACAUCCAAUUUUGCAAGAGGAAUGUCAUGUUAAGGAUGCCCUCUCACGCAUAGUUGUGGAGAUGAUCAAGAGAGAGUGGCCGCAGCACUGGCCAGACAUGCUUAAGGAGAUGGAGGCCCUUACUGCUAUGGGGGACACUCAGACGGAACUUGUAAUGCUAGUCCUACUGCGGUUAGCUGAGGAUGUGAUCACAUUUCAGACAUUACCUACUCAAAGACGGCGAGAUAUCCAGCACACCCUUACACAGAAUAUGGACAGUAUCUUCACCUUCCUGCUUGGCAUACUGCAGCUCCAUGUGAAUGAGUACAAGAAAAUGAAAUGCAUUGCUGGUCAGGAAUUAAAGGCAAAAGCUCACUGGCGAGUUGGUGUAUCCGCUCUAAAUACUCUGGCUGGCUACAUUGAUUGGGUUGCUCUGGUCCACAUCACCAAUGAUAACUGCCAUCUUUUGGAGAUCUUAUGUCUGUUGCUGAGCGAACCUGAGCUUCAGCUGGAGGCUGCAGAGUGUCUACUAAUUGCCAUUAGUAGGAAAGGAAAAUUAGAGGAGAGGAAGCCAUUUAUGGUACUUUUUGAUGAAGUUGCCAUGAACUACAUCCUUUCUGCUGCACAGUCAGCAGGUGGUGCAGCUCUCUGUAACCAAUCAUCAGGAGGCAUUGUGGAAAGAAGAUACACUUUUUUGAAGAGGCUGUGUCAGGUUCUCUGUGCCCUGGGUAGCCAAAUCUGCUCUUUAGUGGGUUCCGAUAUUGAAGUACAAGUUCCUGUAAACCUGGAUAAAUACAUGGAAGCUCUUUUUGCCUUCACUACUCAUCCUAGCCAGUUUCUGAGGUCGUCCACGCAAAUGACCUGGGGAAACCUAUUCCGACAUGAAAUUUUAUCGAAGGAUCCUGUAGUUGGCCAGAUGGCGAUAAAAUAUUUACGAGCAGCAAGGAUAAAUCUGGUUAAAACUGGAUUUCCCUCCAAGAAUGAUUGUCCAGGUUGUGAAUUCUCUAGAGUGGACUUUGAUAGUGAUGAAGAUUUCAACUGCUCCUUUAAUUCUUUCAAAGCUCUGCAGGGGGAAGCAGUUCGUCUGGCAUGUAAAAUUGUCCCAUUUGAGGCCUUCCAAAUUGCAAGGGAAUGGGUGCAGUAUCAGAUUUGCACACCUAUAGGUACUGGAAAUACAACAUCGGUUCAGUGGGAUGCCAUGACUUUCUUCACAGAAAGUGUGUUUGGACAGCUCUUCAAAAUUCUUGAAAAGGAGAAAAUUCCCAUAGAUGAGGGUAUGGAGCUGCUGCAGAUGGUUGUACACUAUGAGACAAGAGAUCCUGUCAUUCUGUCCUGUGUUCUUACCAUCAUAUCCACUCUCUUUCCCUUCGUUAUACACCAACCACACUUUCUGCCUCAAGUACUCUUUAAGAUAUUUCCUUCCAUCACAUUUGAAUUGGUUGAAGAAUGCAAGGCACAUCGAUCACGAGCUGUUAAGAAUCUCAGAAGACAUGCCUGUUCUUCCAUCAUUAGAAUAUGUCGAGAUUAUUCAGAUUUUAUGCUGCCGUGUUUUGACAUGAUGUAUGAGCAUGUGAAAAGGUUGUUCUCCAAUGAGCUGCUGCUGACACAAAUGGAGAAGUGUGCUCUUAUGGAAGCCCUGAUAUUAAUCAGCAAUCAGUUUAAAGACUAUAACAAGCAAAAAGCCUUUCUGAAAGAACUCAUGGCACCUGUUACUGCACAGUGGCUGUCAGAGGAGAUGAAGAGUGUGUUAUUGGACCCUGCUAACUUCUUGGCAUAUGUUGGUGCUGAUCAGGUGAUCAGUGAUGCUGACACAGAGGAUCAGAUGGGUAUCAACAGGUCAAGGGUUAGUUUUUGUGUGAACACCAUACUUGGGGUUGUAAAGCGUGCUCGUUGGCCUGCUAAUCCUGUGGAGGCAAAAGCAGGAGGCUUUGUGGUCAGCACAACCUCUGAUGGGGCUCCUAUCUACAGAAACCCUUGUGCGGAGCACCUGCAGGCCUUGCUGCCUAACCUUUUUGCUCUCAUCAGGACCCAAAAUAGCUUGUUCUUGCCAGAGAAUAUCAACCGGCUUAGCAAGACUUUUACAAGGGCCUAUGAUAUUAUGGAUAUGGAGAAGAAUUUUGCUUUAGGAAUUCCUCAACCACUUCUAGAUGCCUGUGACUCUUCAGCAUACAGAAACAUUGCUGAACGCAUGCAAGGCUUCUUCUCCUCACUCUAUGAUAACUGUUUCCACGUGCUAGGGAAUGCAGGUCCCUGCAUGCAGCAAGACUUUUAUGCAAUAGAAGGCUUGGCAGAGCAGAUUGUUGGUUCUGCAUUUACCCAUCUAGACAGUGUUCCAGACCACAGGCUCCGCCCCUUAGUUCGUCUGUUCAUGAAGCAGCUGGUGAUGUCCUGUCCUCGUGAUUAUUAUGACAGCCUCCUCAAUCCUUUGCUGGGCCCACUGUUUACCUAUUUGCUGCAGAGACUGAACUUUCGGUGGCAGAUCGUCAACCAACGGACCAGUCUGUGUGCUCAGGAGGAGGAUGAGGCCUACGAAGAGAACCUUGUCACUCAGGAAGUGGUGGAAGAGCAGCUGUUGCGGCUGGUCACACGGGAAGUCAUGGACCUUCUUAGUGUGACUUGCAUUACAAGAAAAUUUCCAGAGCUAUCUGCAAACAAAGAGGAAGCAGAUGGAGAUGAGGAAAUGGUGUCAAUGGACUCCUCACAGGGAAUUCAAAUGCAUACAGCUUCAGAUGAGCUCUCAGAAUUGGGCAAGUGCCUUCUCCAGAGUGAGGAUAUAUAUAUGACUCUCCUGACUAUAUGUUUUAACUCCCUUUCCUGGAAAGACACAAUAAACUGUCAACGGUGUGCUAGUGUGCUUUGCUGGACUUUGUUAAAACAGGUGCUUGACUGUAACCUUCUCCCGGACGCUGUGACAUGGCUCUACACCAGUGUACUGAAGGGUCUGCAGAUGCAUGGGCAACAUGAAGGCUGCAAUGCUGCGCUAACUCAGCUGGCCUUGCUCAUCUACGAGUCUCUGAGGCCUCGAUACACUGAGCUGCGUUUCAUCAUGAAUCAGAUCCCUGAUAUCCAUGUUGAGGCCCUGGAGCAGUUUGAUCAGAAGACCAUACAAUCCACUGUAUCAAAGGCAGGAGAGAAGAAAAAGAAGGAGCAGUUUAAAAGGCUCAUUGCAGGCACUGUUGGGAAACCCCUGGGACAGCAGUUUAAGAAGGAAGUACAUAUCCGAAACCUUCCAUCUCUGUUUAAAAAGCCAAAGCCUACGAGAGAUGUACUGGAGAACACUGAAACUGCAGGUCUGAUUACCUUAUUCUCUUCUGACAACGACAAUUGCUGAGAGAAUCACAGUUUCGCAAUAGCCUCACUUCAUUGCCAUUGAAACUUCUCUGUGUAGUACAGUACUGAAAGGGCUUUUUGGGGCAUGAAUGUUUUUGUUUUUUUUUUAAUAAGGAAAGACGACAAGGACAUUUGUGUUAAAUGUUAUUUGGAUGUAAUUUUUUUUUGUUUGUUUGUUUUUUUCUCCUUU